UGCCUCCCUCCGAAGAUGUGUGACGACGAGGAGACCACCGCACUGGUGUGCGACAACGGCUCGGGGCUGGUCAAGGCGGGCUUUGCCGGAGACGAUGCCCCCAGGGCCGUUUUCCCGUCCAUCGUCGGCCGCCCGAGGCACCAGGGUGUUAUGGUUGGUAUGGGUCAAAAAGAUUCCUAUGUGGGCGAUGAAGCUCAGAGCAAAAGAGGUAUCCUUACUUUGAAAUAUCCCAUUGAACAUGGCAUCAUCACCAACUGGGAUGAUAUGGAAAAAAUCUGGCACCACACUUUCUACAAUGAACUCCGUGUGGCCCCUGAGGAACACCCUACCUUGCUCACAGAAGCCCCCUUGAACCCUAAAGCUAAUCGUGAAAAGAUGACCCAGAUAAUGUUUGAGACCUUCAACGUACCUGCUAUGUAUGUGGCGAUCCAGGCCGUCCUGUCCCUGUAUGCCUCUGGUCGUACAACAGGUAUUGUUCUUGACUCUGGCGAUGGCGUCACCCACAAUGUACCUAUUUAUGAAGGUUAUGCUUUGCCUCAUGCUAUCAUGCGUCUGGAUCUGGCUGGCAGGGAUCUGACUGACUACCUCAUGAAGAUCCUCACGGAGCGUGGCUAUUCCUUUGUGACAACAGCUGAACGUGAGAUUGUUCGUGAUAUCAAAGAGAAAUUGUGCUAUGUUGCACUGGACUUUGAAAAUGAAAUGGCCACUGCUGCCUCUUCCUCCUCUCUGGAAAAGAGCUAUGAAUUGCCUGAUGGUCAAGUGAUCACAAUCGGUAACGAACGUUUCCGCUGCCCUGAAACCUUAUUCCAGCCAUCCUUUAUUGGUAAGUGUUCCCAGGAAAUUCUCCUUUCUGUAGGAGGUAUGAAUGAAUCAGAAGAUCUAGAAGUGAUAAAAUGUACUGUUAGAAUAUCAUCAUUAGGGAACCUCUUGUAUAAUUUACUGACCUACUGUCUUCUUUCUUCUCAAGGUAUGGAAUCUGCUGGUAUUCACGAAACUACCUACAACAGUAUCAUGAAGUGUGAUAUUGAUAUUCGUAAGGACCUGUAUGCUAACAACGUCCUCUCAGGUGGUACGACGAUGUACCCUGGCAUUGCUGAUCGCAUGCAGAAAGAAAUCACUGCACUUGCUCCUAGCACUAUGAAGAUCAAGAUCAUUGCCCCACCUGAGCGCAAGUACUCUGUCUGGAUUGGUGGCUCCAUUCUGGCAUCUCUGUCCACCUUCCAGCAAAUGUGGAUCAGUAAACAGGAGUAUGAUGAGGCUGGUCCAUCCAUUGUCCACCGCAAGUGCUUCUAAGCACUUUUUCCCUCAAUUUACUUCCCACUCAGGAUGACGACAAUAUGCUUCUUGGAGUCUUCUGGCAACCCUUCCUGAACUCUUCAGUCAUUGUACAGUUUGUUUACACACCCGUGCAAUUUAUUUGUGCUUCUAAUAUUUAUUGCUUUAUAAAUAAACAAGAUCUGGGACUUGCAACCUACAAA